AUGUCUAUUCUAGACGACCGUGACGCCUUCAGAAAGAAUCCAUACUUCAAAGAGGAGGAUCAAAUUAAGGGGGACUUCACUCCGUUCUACGUAGCAAUCACUAUUUGCUCCAUUAUUGGUGCCUUUCUGAUCAUCAUUAAUAUUGCUUUCUGCUACUGCUCGCAGUAUCGAGGCUACUGGAAAAACAGAAAUACUGGUAACCGUUGGAUCCAGUCGCUGUGGACUGUAACACCCCAUAACAAUCCACCUCUAGACCUGACUGAAUUGGAAGAAGGUGUCAAGACUUACCAAGCAAACGCAAACAAUACUGUGCAAUAUUUCCCAGAAGACACAGAGAGCAUUGGACAUCAGCAGGGACAACAGUACAUGGAACUUCAAAAACGAGAGAGUGAUAUAUAA